AUGACCAAAGCACCUGCGAUCUUUAUUGGGCAUGGCUCACCCAUGAAUGCCAUCCAAGAAUCUGGGUCGACUCGCGCCUGGGCCCAGCUGGGUCAGAAAUAUCCCGCACCGAAAGCUAUUGUCGCGAUUUCAGCUCACUGGUACACACACGGGGUGCGUAUUAUGUCGAAUGAAAAGCCAGAGACCAUUCACGACUUUGGCAACUUCCCCCAGGCUCUAUAUGACAUGCAGUAUCCAGCCCCUGGUGAGCCGGCGCUGGCGUCCAAGAUUACCAACAUGUUAAAGCCAUUCAACGCGAAACUUGACAGCACUUGGGGUCUUGAUCAUGGUACGUGGUCCAUCCUUGUGCAUAUGUACCCAAAAGCCGAUAUUCCUGUGGUGCAAGUCAGCUUAGAUGCGAUGCGCAGUCCGGCAGAACAUAUGGACAUCGGUAGAGCCCUAGCACCUUUGCGUGAAGACAACGUUCUUAUCUUAGCUUCGGGCAAUAUCGUGCACAACCUACGUGCUUUAAACACACUCUCAGGUGCUGCACCUUGGACAGAGUCGUUUGACAACUAUAUCACGGAUGCUGUUCGGACACAUAACGAAACCGCCUUGCUGGACUACCAUAAACGCCCAGAAGCUCCGCUUGCUGCGCCAGAUUGGGAACACUUCUUUCCAGUGUUCUACGCUAUGGGCGCUCGCUUGCCUGGUGAAAAGCCUACAAUAAUGAAGAAGGACCCUGACCGGCCCGGCCUGACCAUGUCGCUAUUUGCCUAUGGCGUACCAUAG